UCCUGACAGCUGGCCAAUCGUAGCAGCUGUUACAUUGGGAACCAGCUGUAUAUUUACGGGGCUGCCUGAGGAAUGUAAACUAUUCAACAUGGAGACAGCAGUCAAUAAGCUGGAGGCGAUGUUCCAGAAAGCGGAAGCUGACCUGGAGUACAUCGAGAAACAGCUGAAAUUUGAAUGCAUGACCAAUGUUCCUGAGAAUGGAGGAGCAGAGGAGAAUCCAGUGAAGCUUCUGGAAAAUCUGUCAGCCAUCAAAGUUCGACACAAGGCCCUGUGCACACAGAUGGAGCAGAUUUCAGUUGAGCAGAAGCAGUCUGUGGAGUCCAUCAAAGGCUACCUCAACACUACAAUGCAACUUGUACAGGAGCUUCAGCAGACUGCAGACACUGAGGUUCCACCUUUAACCGAGAAGGAAAAGGAAGCUGCAGAGGUUCUUGGCUUAUCAAUCCCUCAGCACAUGGCAGAGAAUUCACCUGCCUUGACACAUCAGCCUGCCCCCGUGCAGUCACAGGACGUGAAGACGACCAAGUUUGUGGAGCUGAGCGAAGCUGACUUUGAGGCAGUGCCGCUCAGACUGCGGUCCAACACCAAGCUGGCCGACCUGAACGCGCUCUACAAGCAGCUGGUUGAGCACUUCGCAGCCAAGAAGAACAGGCCCCUCAGCCUGCAGCAGAUGAAGAAGAUGAACGUGAACACAAACGAAGCCACGCUGAAAACUCUUCAGCACCUCUCUGUCAUCGAGCUGGACAAGAAGGGAUUCGCUCGUCUGGCGGAGAGAGACUGAGAGACGGGUUCAGGGAUUCCUAAAGACUGCAGAAACGGGGAAACGGUAUGUUGCAUGGGCAAUGCAUGGUCUGCUCCGGUGACGAUGACUGAUUUGACCAGCAACUUCCUCCCCUGUCCCAUAGUGGACAAGUACAGUACGUUUUUCCUCAUUUGCAAUUAUCCUGAAGUCUCAGGUCUAAUCAUUUUGACGACAAAGAAAAGGUAAGCAUUCCAGGGAGGAUUCAAGUCCAGUGAAUGUUAGAAACAUUUAUUCAGCUGCACUGUAACCAUGAAAACCAUACUUGCUGUGGAAGAGGUGAUAUUUGCACUUAAAAAAAAACAAAGAAUAAAAGAUUGACACCAUCCGAGACUAUUUCUUUGCCAAGAAAGCAUAGGAAAUGGUCAAACAUUCUUAAUUCGCAAAAUCAAGACCAGUAUCAUUUGCAAUCAAAGUUAAUCAUUUUACUUGAAGAAAGUCUUCACAGUUCAUCUAUGGCACAGUCAAAAAGGCUGAAACCUUUAGCCUGCCUUUUAAUGUUACAUAUCCUUCAUAUUGUACUUAACAAUAAUGGAACAGCAUUUUAACUGGAAGUAAUUUGAAAAGCAACAUUCAUUUAUAAGGACUGUAUGCCUAGUCAUCUAUUGUCUUGUAAAAUGUAUUCAUAUGUGCUCCUAUAAUUUUAAAAUGUCAUUUUGAAAUAUGGUUAUGUAAGGUUUAAACUUGUUAAACAACAUUCUUGAGUUCAAUGCAAUUGAAAAUUGUUACAAUAAAAAUCUGAGAGAACUGCCA